AUGACGUCCGUGGGCCACCUGGAGACGAAUUACUCCGUAUGCCGGGAUCUGGCCUUGCAGGCGGCCAACGCCAAUUGCAGAAUGCUGUUCCUGCCCGAGUGCUUCUCCCUUCUGGGUGAUCACCACAGUGUGUCCAUCGAAAAGGCCGAAUCUCUUGACGGCCCCGCCAUGGCACGCUACACGGCCCUUGCCAAAGAGUUGGGAAUUUGGCUGUCGCUGGGAGGAUUCCAGGAGACUGGCCCUGACAAGGAUCACAUCUACAACACACAUGUGAUCGUGAGCGACAAAGGGGAGAUCGUUGCGAAGUAUCGGAAGAUCCAUUUGUUCAAUGUUGACAUCCCAGGAGGGCCCAUGCUGCUGGAGAGCCGAUUUACAGCUGCGGGCGAAGAGCUUGUGACUUGCGACGCUCCAGUGGGGAGGCUGGGCCUGACGGUGUGCUACGACUUGAGGUUCCCUGAAUUGUACCAGAAGCUGAGAUUUGAACAUGGUGCUGACAUUUUGCUGAUCCCGUCUGCGUUCACAAAACCCACCGGUGAGGCUCACUGGGAAGUGCUGCUGCGGGCAAGGGCGGUCGAGUGCCAAUGCUACGUAAUAGCUGCUGCACAGGCUGGAAAGCACAACGACAAGAGGGAGAGCUAUGGACACUCGAUGAUAAUCGAUCCUUGGGGCGCCAUUGUCGCGAAGCUGGAGGACCCGUUGGCAACAGGGAUAGCAGUUGCAGAUGUAGAUCUGGGCUACGUCAAUAGAUUGAGGGCUACAAUGCCAAUUGAGGGGCACCGGGAAAUGGGGCUGAAGGCCCUCAGCGGCAUGCGACAGUGA